GUGGCCUGGAUGCACAUAUUGGCGGCUCGGGCACUGAUGGACAAGACAGGCUCACUGGCUGGCCAGGCGUACUACUGUACAGACGCCUCCCCAGACAGGAGUCACCUAGAUUUCACCAUGGAGCUGCUGGGGCCCUGCGGGGUGAAGCUGGUGGGCCGAGCUGCUCCACUCCUCCCCUGGGGCCUGGUCUACUGCCUGGCCUGCCUGUUAGAGCUCCUGGGUUGGCUGCUCAGCCCCUUCCUCAACUUCUGCCCCCUCUUCAACCGCUACACCCUCGCCAUGGCCUCAGUCACCUUCACCGUGCAGACCGACAAGGCCGAGCGUCACUUUCGCUAUCGCCCCCUCUACUCCUGGGAGGAGGCGCGGGAUCGGACCGUGCGGUGGCUCAGGUCCCUCGACCAGACAGCCCCCUCCCCCGGUUGGGGGUGGCACGACAGAGGACAUGAUCAGGGCUAAUGCAGCCAAGACUUCAGGUCAAUAACCCUAUUCAUGUAUGGAAUCAGGGUAACGGGGACUCUUUCUCUCUCAAUCCAUUCCGUGUUUUAUAUCAGACUCUCCCCCCGAUCCGUUCCGUGUUUUAAAUCAGACUCUCCCCCGAUCCGUUCCGUGUUUUAUAUCAGCCUCUCCCCCGAUCCGUUCCGUGUUUUACAUCAGAC